AUGGUAGAGAUCGUACCGGGUAGAGCGAUCUUCGUAUCCCUACCUUGGCACAAUGAAAAAACCCUCCAUACCCUCGGCGUAUACGCCCCUAACGACCCCGAGGAGAACAGAACCUUCUGGAUAAACCUUCGACGCCAGUUGAAGACCCUCCGACUGCCACAACCGGACGUAGUACUAGGAGACUUCAACAUCGUUGAAGAUAAAAUAGACAGACUGCCGACUCACCCAGACAACGGAGAAGCCGUUAACGCCCUCCGCGAACUAAAAGCGAAGCUAAACGUCAUUGACGGAUGGCGCGGCGAAAACGAAGAAACACCCGCCUACACCUUCCUACAAAAGGCGACCGGAUCCCAGUCUCGAAUCGACCGGAUCUAUGUCAACAAACGAACCUCCAAAAUCUGCGAUGAUUGGAGAAUAGAAGACCCUGGGGCAAUCGAAACCGACCACCGAAUGGUCUCCGUCCGCAUAACCGACCCCACCUUGCCAUAUAUCGGUAAAGGCCGUUGGUGCCUCAAAAUGGAUAUACUGAACGAUAAGACGUUCGCGAAAUAUCUAAAAGACGCGUCAAAAAAGAUGCAGACCGACGUGAUUAAGGCGGGCGCGAUACGUACUCCUCUCUAUAACCCGCAGACUGUACUCGCCAAGUUCAAACGCGACAUCUCCGACAAGGCCAAAGAGCGGUUAAAGUCGAUCAAACCAAAAGCGAGGGUAGAGAUCGAGAACCUUGAGGUAAAACUGCGCGAGAUAUGGAAGAACCACUCCCUGGCAGAAGGGGAGAGGAAAGACCUUAGCGCCGCAAUC